AUGUCGAGCGACGAAGAUCGCAAGGACCGUGUGCCAUCUCCUACUGGCAGCUCUUCCCGUGGGAACGUAGUUGACCAUGACGCCCCUCAUGGUAAGUCGACAGUCUUUACAGAUGAGUUUGCAUCGAGGAGGAAUGGACCAGAAUCUGCUGGAAAGAACCAUAUGAUCAACGUCCAGCCUUUGAAACGCAGCGAGAUGCAGCCCUCGUAUGCACAAGACCUCGGUACUGGAGAGGUUACUCAUGGUUUCUAUGGGUCAUUCUUGCAAGGUCUUGGCACCUGUGUUGGGUUCUGCGGUGCUAUUCCCUGUUGCCCUCUCCCAAACCCAUUCAGAAAUGUGCAGCAAGGUUCCGUUGGUCUGGUCACACGGUUCGGCCACUUCUACAAGUCGGUCGACCCUGGUCUCGUACAAGUCAAUGUCUGCACGGAAGACUUGCGUAUUGUCGACGUCAAGAUUCAAAUCAGCGCCAUUGGCAGGCAAACCGUCAUCACUCGCGAUAAUGUUAAUGUCGAAAUUGACUCUGUCAUCUACUUCCAGAUUGUUAACCCUUAUCGUGCUGCCUUUGGCAUCACUGACCUACGCCAGGCACUUAUCGAACGUGCUCAGACCACCCUAAGGCACGUUGUCGGUGCCCGCGCAGUUCAAAGUGUCGUAACUGAGCGCGAGGCCAUUGCCUUUGAGAUUGCCGAGAUUGUCGGCGACGUUGCCGACAAAUGGGGUGUUGCCAUUGAAGGUAUCUUGAUCAAGGAUAUCAUUUUCAGCCCCGAAGUCUCUGCUUCUCUGUCUUCUGCUGCGCAGCAGAAGCGUAUUGGAGAGUCCAAGGUCAUUGCAGCCCGCGCAGAAGUUGAUUCUGCUCGCCUUAUGCGCCAAGCAGCCGAUAUUCUCGCAUCACCAGCUGCUAUGCAAAUCCGUCAGCUGGAGGCUCUACAGCAGAUGGCCAAAUCUGGUAACACCAAGGUCGUUUUCGUUCCUAUGCAACUCCAAAGCGACGUUGUUGGUAGACUGGGCUCCAGCAGUAAUGCUGAGGCAUCUGGCUCCGGACUACGUGACGAAGUAGGCGAGUCCCUUACCGGCACAGGUCGUGCAGGUCUUCUAGCGAGCAUCGCAGAUGUAUGA